ACAUAUGUCCAGUUACUCAUUGUAUUAUGUCUGCUGCCUAAUCGGCGAAGUGUUGUUCUUUCGGUUCUCGCAGACACAUUCGGGGCGUGUGUGGACUGUGAAUCGCUUCCGUGUUUCGUUUCGGUGGCCAUGUUAAAUUGUUAUUUGUAGUGUCGGGGUUAUCGGAGAGUUGCGAGCAAGAAUGCCGAUCUACGAAGGAAUAGGCAGCAUGGUCGCCGAGAAAAACUCGGUGGUGUUCGACUUCGGACGCGCCUACACCAAGUGUGGCUUUGCGCGCGAACCGAGUCCCAGGUGGAUCAUACCAAGCACCGUUCCGAUGGGUCAGAACAAGCAGAUGCAACCCAUCUGGAACUACUGGGCUCAGGACGACCUCAUUGCCAUGCUCAAGGAGUUCCUGUACACCUUGUAUUUCAGGCAUCUCUCCGUCAACCCUAAGGACCGACGAGUGGUCGUCGUUGAAUCUGUGCUGUGUCCGACGCUGUUUCGCAACUCAGUCGCACAGGUGCUCUUUGAGCACUUCGAGGUUCCUGCCGUAGUGUUUGUUCCGUCGCAUCUGAUGGCCUUGUACACCCUUGGGAUCAACUCUGCACUUGUUCUCGACUGUGGAUACUACGAGUCCAUCUCGCUGCCAGUCUAUGAAGGAGUCUGUAUUCUCAGUGCCUGGCAGGCGAUUCCACUUGGAGGACUGGCGAUUCACAGGCGGAUAGAGUCCGAGCUCAUGGAGCUGGCGACGGUACGAGGUUCGUCUGAUGGCGAGUUUCCGCUUUCAGAGGUGCUUACUGAUUCCAUCAGGGAAUCUGUCUUGGAAGACAUCAAAGUUCGCACUUGCUUUGUGACCACUUACGAGAGGGCGCAGCAGCUGCAAGUUUGGGGAUUCGCGAGGAGCAACAAUGCUGAGGUUAUUCCGGAUCCUCCUACCCCACCACCGGAUGUCGAGUAUCCGUUGGACGGCGACAAAAUUAUUACCAUUCCAGGGAGCUUACGGGAAUACGCAGCUGAGGCUCUUUUCGAAUUGGAUGGCGACAUGAAGUCCAUCGCUACGCUGCUUUUGGACUCUAUCAUCAAGGCUCCGAUGGAUGCUCGCAAGACCCUGGCUCAGAACAUCGUGGUCAUGGGUGGGAGCUCCAUGAUGCCAGGGUUCAAGCACCGCCUCGCCGCCGAGCUGAAAAGCCUGGUCCAAGACCCUGCGUACUCACGGAAGAUGAACAUGAACACGUUCAAGUUCCACAGCCCGCCUAGCAAGGAGAACUACACUGCGUGGCUCGGAGCGUCCAUCUACGGCUCUACGGACGCAGUGAACACCCACUGUAUCACGAAGGACCAGUUUAUUACCAACAACCGGCACAUUCCAGACUGGUCGGACCAGGCCUGGCGAGCUCUGUCGAGCAGCAAGUCGGUUUGAAAAAAAAAAAAAAAGGCUGCUUCUUCGCAUCGAGGACCAAAGACAGUGUUCGUUUCACCUUCCGCAUCGUGCCGCCACUGCCGUCACCCUUGAAACGGAACUUUUUUUUUUCCUGAAGCAGCGUUCCGCAAAAGUGCCGAAGAAAUGUGGUGAGCUCGGCAACAUUGAUGUUCCAUAGUGAUUGACGAGCGCGGAAGUUUGCGGACAGCAAAGCUGACUAGUUUUGCCAAUGUUCCUUCGAGGCGUACAGCUGGAAGUUUGGUGUAUGGACUAUGUUUGUACUGUUUUUAUGUUGACGAAUGAAUCUGUUGCUCACUUUUGUGGUAUUGAUAUCUGCAAGUUUUGUGUGAACUGCCUUUGCCUGUCUUACUCACGAAAUGCAUUGGUAUCAUGCUCAUGGGCUUCAUAAUGAAGUCUUGGGCUUGCAAAACCACAGUUUUUUUUUUUGCUCAUUUUCAAUUGAACAUGAAAUCUUUAUCUUCAUUCGUUUUUCCUUAGUUGAUGUGAAUGGUGAAGUUAGGUAAAACAAUUUGGGAAGGCCUCUAAAUAAUAGUGCCUUUUCUUUUUCAAGUACAAGGGGAAUGGAAAGAAGCAUAAACAACAGGGCACGUUUUCAUCAUGCUCUAACCUUGGUGGCAAUGAAAUGAUGCUAGAGCGGCUUUUCAUGGCAUCAUUGGUGAAUUUAGUGGCUUCUAACUAUUACCAUUCAGGCUACAGCUGCUUCAGAAGAAAUGCUAAACAGCAGGGCGCAUAGAUGCCGCACUGUCCGCGCUUAUUUUAUUGCAACAGUACUCGUGUGCCUUUGCCACCCUUCGUCAGGUUUCCGGGAGGAUGUGAUUUCAGAUAUUGGAGGUUGUUUAAAGAGCCGAAAGGUUGAAUUUCUGAAGUUUGGUUUCUCGUGAAAAUGAGGCCCUUCGGCGAAUGUGGCACCUGCAAAAAAGCCACUAUAUCAUUUGCCCUGUUUCUAUGCUUUUUCUACCAUAAGGGGGGGGGGGGGGUGCUAUGCAUAAGAAAUCAUUAAUUUACUGGCUUUUAAAAUGGCAGGUUGAACGAGUUCAUAGUCUUGCGAGCUUUCAUGCAUUCUCAACUAAUUUAUUGCUAGAGCUUCACUGCUGCUAGAAAUCAUUGUGUGAAGGACACCAUUUCAAGAUGGCUUAGGGAGCACAAUUUUUUAUGCAACGUGAAAAUUGGACUCCUGUUUGACGACAGGUGGGAAAGAAAUAUUAUUUUAUUGUGAGUGGCCGAAGUUAUUGCUGCUAAUAAAAAUAAUUUGUGAAAGAAAAAA